CUUUAGACUAAUCGAGAGUUUGAAGCAUAAAGCAAUUAAACACAAACAAAGUUGAGUAGAAAGUUGAAAGCAAAGAAUCAUCGUAUAAUGGCUACUCCUUCUUCCAAAUCUUCCAAAAGAUGGCUUCCUCUUGAAGCUAACCCUGAUGUCAUGAACCAGUUCCUUUCCGGUCUUGGUCUUCAAGAGAAUCAAGCAGAGUGCCAUGAUGUGUAUGGAUUAGAUGAUGAGCUUUUGGAAAUGGUUCCAAAGCCAGUUCUUGCCGUGCUUUUUCUAUAUCCCCUUACCACCAAGUCUGAAGAAGAGCGGUUGCAACAGAAUAAUGAAAAAAGGGAAUAUAACAACAAAGUAUAUUUUAUGAAGCAAACUGUGGGUAAUGCUUGUGGUACAAUAGGGCUUCUUCAUGCUCUUGGUAACUUAACUUCUGAAAUCAAGUUUGUUGAGGAGUCAUUCUUUGAUAAGUUCUUCAAAUCUACUGCAAACUUGGACCCAAUGCAGCGAGCUUUAUUUCUCGAGAAUGACACAGAGAUGGAGGUUGCUCAUUCUGUAGCAGCCACUGCUGGUGAUACAGAGGCAACAGAUGAUGUCAAUACUCAUUUCAUCUGCUAUGCUUGUGUGGAUGGUGAACUUUAUGAGCUUGAUGGAAGAAAGUCGGCACCAAUAUCACAUGGUCCUUCCUCACCAAGUACUUUGUUGAAGGAUGCUGCUAAAGCCAUCCAGAGCAUGAUUCAGAAGGAUCCGGAUUCUCUGAACUUCAAUGUCAUUGCAAUAUCAAAGAAAUCCAGUGAUGGAUAUUAAGGCAGUCAUUUUAUUUUGGGCUUUUCAGGGUUACUUUUGAUUUUGAAGUAAUUUCUUGAAGUUAUAUGUAGUAUAAUAUCCUGGUAUUCAUGCUGCAUUUUAUUCACUUUAUGUGUCUUCGCUCAAAUUUUUAGUUAUAUUCAGAAAUCUUGUAAGCUGAGCCACUUUGAUUAAAAUUUGAUGCAGUAACAUUUCACGAUGAAGAACAUGAAUGGGAUGUUUGAAGCCAAA